CUCUCUUCUCUCCACUCCCAUUAAUCCACCCUCGUCCCACCAUGUCCGCCGCCGCAUUCCACUGUCUCUUCGCGGCGCUUCUUAUCCUUCUCCAAAUCUCCACCGCCGCCGUCGCCAUCGGUGUCAACUACGGCACUUUGGCAAACAACCUCCGACCGCCGGCGGAGGUAGUGAACUUCAUCAAAACAAAAACCAAAAUCGACCGCGUGAAGAUCUUCGAUACGAAUCCGGAUAUCCUGCGAGCUUUCGCCGGCUCCGGCAUUCUGGUGACGGUGACAGUCGGCAACGGCGAGAUCCCCGGCCUGACGGAUCUGGCCACCGCUCGCCAGUGGGUCGCUGCCCAUAUUCGGCCGUUUCAUCCUCAGACGCGGAUUCAUUACAUUGCAGUGGGGAAUGAAAUCAUCCACACUAACGAUAAGCCCCUGAUCGCUCGUCUUGUUCCCGCCAUGAAAUCGCUCCACCGAGCUCUGGUUCUCGCCGGAAUUACGGACAUUAAGGUGACAUCCCCACAUUCGUUAGCCAUCCUCUCAAUCUCGGAGCCACCAAGCAUGGGGCGGUUUAGGCGAGGGUACGACCGAGCCAUCUUCGGACCAAUGCUCCAAUUCCUGCGAGAAACAAAGGCCCCAUUCAUGGUUAACCCAUAUCCCUACUUCGGCUACUCACCCAACAUGGCUAAUUACGCCUUAUUCGGACCAAACCGUGGCGUUUACGACAAGUACACUAAAAUCACCUACACCAACAUGUUCGACGCCAUGAUGGACGCACUCUAUUCCGCCAUGAAGAACAUCGGCUACUCCGACGUCGAGAUGGUCAUCGGCGAAACCGGGUGGCCUACCAAUUGCGACUAUGUCGCUUGUAGCACCAACAACGCUGCUACUUUCCACAGGAACUUGGUUUGGCAUGUCAAUUCGGGGAAAGGAACUCCGUUGAUGCCCAACAGGAAAUUCGAGACCUAUUUGUUUGCUCUGUUCAAUGAAAAUCUUAAACCCGGUCCGACCGCUGAGCGGAAUUGGGGACUGUUUUACCCGGAUUUUACUCCGGUUUAUGAUGUUCCCAACAUCAUGAUCGGUGGACGGAACCGUGGUGGUCGGGGAGGUGGACCCAAACCGGUGGCGCCGUCGGGGAAGAAAUGGUGCGUCCCCAAAUCCGACGCAUCCGUCCAAGCCUUACAGAAGAACAUCGACUACGUUUGCAGCUCGAACAUCGACUGCCGUCCAAUCCAAGCCGGCGGCGCGUGUUUUCUACCGAAUGAUAUCCGAUCCCACGCCUCUUUUGCCAUGAAUUCCUAUUAUCAGACCUCCGGUCGCAACGAUUUCAACUGCGAUUUCAGUCACACCGGCGUUAUAACCACCGUCAAUCCAAGUCACGGCGGCUGUGUGUACAUUUCUUGAGUGAUCGAGCCCUAGAGGCGGACGAGGGAUUUCGGUUGCAUACGGGGCGGACGUAUGAGAGGAAUCUAUGAGACCACAUAAAGUUGCAUACACUUUUUUUUUUCUUUCUUCUUUAUUUAUUUUCUCUUUAUUGUAAUUAAUUGUAUUCUUAUGAAAACUUAUGAAAACUAAGUAUCAAUCUCGUUCUAUGUGUUCAUCUUAA